AUGUCAACAACAGGAUACGUCCCUCCGCCCAAUCAAGCAGCUACUCAACAUGAAGGAACAUCGUCCUUGGCUAUCAAUAACACAUUCCCUCGACGCUUAAUGACACUCAUCGCACUCAAAACAUCCGCGCGCUUCUACAAACAUGAUGGGCCCUGUAUCCCCAUCUCAAAGUCUCUCAUCGUCAAGAAGGGGCCAUUUGUCCACCUCACUGAAGCAGCUACUAUGCAAUUCGUAGCAGCUAGUACUUCUAUUCCUGUCCCGACUGUUCACUGCUCGUUCGUGCACAAGAACAGAGCACAUAUAGUCAUGCAGCGCAUUUGCGGCAAAUCUCUCGCAGAAGCCUGGAGAGGUCUUUCUGAAGCCGAUCUGGCGAGCAUCUUCGCUCAGCUUCGACGUAUGCUGGAGGAAUUACGGGCUAUUAUUCCACCAAGUGGCGCGGGAGUUGAGAGCUGUAUAGGCGGUUCAUUGCGCGACUCCCGAAUACCACGUUCAAGACCACGAUUUGGGCCUUUCAAGACAAUUCAGGAUUUCCAUCGGUGGUUACGGGAAGGCCUUGAGCCAGAAAGCCGUCCAGAUCACAUCGAGGACCAGGAUUGGGAACAUGUAAAAGAGAUGGCCACCAAACAGGACGGUCCGUGGCCACUGCCGGUGUUUACUCAUGGCGAUCUAAACCCGUUCAAUAUAUUGGUUAAGGGUGAUCAAGUUGUCGGUAUCAUUGAUUGGGAGUUUGCCGGCUGGUAUCCGCACUACUGGGAGUAUACUUCUGCAUGGUAUGGAAAUCGCAUUCGACAGGGCUGGCAAGAGUCGCUCACCAAGUUCUUGGAUCCAUAUCCUGCAGAACUGGAGAUGGAGAAGACAAGGCAAAGAUGGUGGGGCGAUUUUUGA